GAGAUCCGCCUUUACCGCUCAUAUGUGAUAUAUAUAUAUUUAUACAUAACCCGACAAUUUAUGUGCCCACGGUUGGCAGUAGUUAUAUAUUUAUUUGAUAACUAAUGAUGAACUGUUGUGGAAAUUGAACUGCCCCGAAAAUAUGUCAGAACAACUUAAUUUCAUGUGAAUGUGAUGUAUGUAAAUAAACAUGCGUGGAUGAGUUAAUAGUCUCAUUGACAGGUGCAAGUGUUAAACGAUCUAUCGACUGACAACAUUCACCUAUCGUGGCUCAAUUUACACGACAGUAUUCCUCCGAGCCUAGUGGUAGUUGGUGUCAAUUUGUCUUCUACGAAUGUAAUCAUCCAAAAAAAAACAGGGAAAUAAAAAAAAAGUGCAAUAAUUUCCGGAUCAUAAGGAUCAUACGAUGAGGCUUAAGUUGACGAGGAAGUACAAAAUUAAUGGUCAAUGUUACAACCCAUCUGUUCGCUGUUAAAAUGGUGAAGGAGAUUUUCAAUUAUUUCUGGAGAUAUGGUGCAAAUAUAUCUCAGUUGGAACGCAAUAUUGGAGCUGAUCAAUUCCCUCCGAAUGAGCAUUAUUUCGGAUUAGUGAAUUUUGGAAAUACCUGUUACAGCAAUUCUGUGCUGCAAGCCCUGUAUUUCUGCCGGCCAUUUCGAGAAAAGGUGUUGGAGUACAAAGCUCGAAACAAAAGAACUAAAGAGACUUUGCUGACAUGUCUGGCAGACUUAUUUUAUAGUAUUGCAACUCAGAAAAAGAAAGUUGGUUCCAUAGCCCCAAAAAAGUUCAUUGCAAGACUCAGAAAAGAAAAGGAAGAGUUUGACAAUUACAUGCAGCAAGAUGCACAUGAAUUUUUGAACUUUCUUAUAAAUCACAUUAAUGAAAUUAUUUUAGCCGAGAGGAAUCAAAGUAAAACGAGUGGUGGAAAAGGUGGAACAGGGGAGUCGGGUACACCACCAGAGCCAACAUGGGUUCACGAGAUAUUUCAGGGUAUACUAACGUCAGAGACACGUUGCCUUAAUUGCGAGACUGUGUCCAGUAAAGACGAGGAUUUUUUUGAUUUACAAGUCGAUGUAGAUCAAAAUACAUCCAUCACUUACUGCCUAAAAUGUUUCUCAAACACUGAAACACUCUGUAGUGACAAUAAAUUUAAAUGCGAUCACUGCAGCAGUUAUCAGGAAGCUCAGAAACGCAUGAGGUUAAAAAAAUUGCCGAUGAUACUUGCAUUGCAUUUAAAACGAUUUAAAUAUGUUGAACAGUAUAACCGACAUAUAAAAGUAUCACACAGGGUGGUUUUCCCGCUCGAGUUGAGACUUUUUAAUACUAGCGAUGAUGCCGUUAAUCCAGAUCGUCUUUAUGAUUUGGUAGCUGUUGUUAUCCAUUGCGGAAGUGGGCCUAAUCGUGGACAUUACAUCUCCAUUGUUAAAAGUCAUGGGUUCUGGUUGCUGUUUGAUGAUGACGCAGUGGAUAAAAUUGAUGCAUCGAACAUAGCUGAUUUUUACGGUCUCACCUCAGAUAUACAUAAGACCUCUGAGACUGGUUAUAUUCUCUUCUACCAAUCACGAGACUGCAAUCAGUGAAAAGAAUGUGCAAAACAAAAUUGAAUGAAUGAAGGAAGCAAAACACUAAUGUGACAAUUAUUAAGAUUAAGAGAAAAGUGAAAGGCGAAACACUUUGCAGGCUUUUUCGUUUUCUUCUUUAAUACUCUAUUUUCUCAUGAGAAAACAAAUUAAAUAUUUCUUUUAUUUAUUUCGAUUGUCUCCCUGAACUAGUCCGUAUUGAAGUAAAAAAACAGAAGAACGAACUGGUUUGCAUUAGUUACGUAGUGAAUAAUUGUGAAGUUAUAUUCAAGAGAAAUAAAAUGCCGAUAGCAAUCAGUUUAUCAAGUUUGUAUGAAAAGACCGAAUUUAAAAGAAAAUAAAAGAAAAUUUAACUAUA